UGCAGCUUUAAGGAGCUGCGCGCUGCCGCUGACCGUAAUCACCAACACACCCUGUGCAAAUCCAGCAGGUCUUUCAAUGUGAGGGGUUGCUCGUCAGAAAGGAAAUAUUUAUUCCAGGGAAACAUUAACAAUGCGCAAGAAGUCUGAGAAGUGUCUUCAACUUACUUUGGUUGCUGCAGUUUUGCUGGCAGCCCUCUUUUAUUUUUGGAGCCCUGGAAGCAGCAAGGAAGUUGACAUAGGCCCAAGACAGGAUACUCCAAUAAUAAACCUCCUCACUAUUAAAACUGGAGAUGCCACAAAUGGUUAUGACAUUCCCUACCAUGUAAAAGAGGAAGUGAGAAGUCAUUUGGCUCACAAUGCUUGCGUAUGCAAGCCCGACGAGGGAUCUUUUCACAUCCCAUUGUCCAAUCUGCUCUUCCCACGUGUGUCAGCACACAAUUUUGCUCAAGCAUUCUUGGAGCACCACCCCGAUCCUGAGAGCAUAAAGCACCACAGAGCUCAGGAGUACAGCAACUUUAAAAGAAGGUCCUACAGUCCUGCAGAUGCACUUAUUGUAGCUGAGGCCAACACUCCUCUUCAGUAUCCUAUCCAGGGUGUGGAGGUGCAACCCCUCAAGACAAUCAUCAUUCCAGGUUUAGGCCUCAAAGAAGAAACAAGAUCAGACCAUAUGGUAUCUUUGACUGCAACAAUUGGCACUUUUGAUGUUGCUGCUACGGUGGACAUGGUCUCCAUCCAAGGAGUGGGAGAGAAGCACAUGGUACUGUCGAGUUCUCUUCUCUCUGCUCUGAACAGGCAACUGCAGUUUGUCACCUAUACAAACACCGUGUUUCACCCGAAGACAGCGGAUACAAUUCAGUUUGCAACCAAAGAUCACCAGUCAUUUUUCACCAUCAAAGUUGGACACCGAACCAAUCCGAAUCUUUAUAACUCUGGAUACCAAGGAGAGUACAAUAUCACAGCUCUUGUUACCAUCGCCACCAAGACCUUUCUACGCUAUGACAAGCUGAAAGAUCUCAUUGACAGCAUACGACAGUAUUAUCCCACCGUUACAAUAGUGAUAGCAGAUGAUAAUGAACAUCCACAGCCUGUGACUGGUCCUCAUAUUGAACACUACAUUAUGCCAUUUGCAAAGGGUUGGUUUGCAGGUAGAAACCUGGCAGUGUCUCAAGUGACAACCAAAUAUGUGCUUUGGGUGGAUGAUGAUUUCAUCUUUACUGAAAACACCAAGUUGGAGAACAUGGUGGACAUCCUAGAGAAGACCACUCUGGAUAUGGUAGGCGGAGCAGUUAGAGAGGUGACAGGUUACACUGCAACUUAUCGUCACACCAUUUCGGUGGAUGAAGGGGGAGAUGAAGGUGACUGUUUACAUGUCAGACUUGGCUACCAUCAUGUCAUCAAGGGAUUUCCCAACUGCGUGGUAGCUGAUGGUGUCAUCAACUUCUUCAUGGCGCGGACAGACAAAGUGCAGCAGGUUGGCUUUGACCCGCGCUUUUCACGACAAGGCCAUCUAGAGUUCUUCAUCAAUGCCCUGGGCUUCCUCCACAUUGGCUCCUGUAGUGACAUCAUUGUGAGUCACGCAUCAAAGAUCAAACUACCCUGGACUAAAACAAAAACAGAAAAGGCCUAUGAAAAAUUCCGGUACUUAAACUCCAAUGAGAAUAACAUUUUUAAUGAAGCCUUGUACUUCAAGAACAGGUUUAAGUGUAUGACCAGUCAAUGAAACACAAGGAAUAAUUGUUCUCAGGUAAAUGAAGACAGUCCCAGCAGAUUAAUGAUCUUUUGACACUUGUUUUCCAUUCAUAUUCCCAAAUCUUGUAGAACAUUAAAUAUAGUAAUUAAAUAUUAAUAUCUACUACAGCUAAACCCUCCUUAUACUUUAGGGCAGGGAAUGUCAACUGGCGGCCCGCAGCCUGCCAGAGCUUUACAUCCAGCCCCUGAUUAGUACUGCCAGAGGUACUAUACGCCAAUCAAUCAUGUCACCUUAUAACCUGUCAAAUAAGCGUCUCUGACUAGUCUGAAGAGCUUUCAAACGCGAUUUCCUAUUGCCCGUAAAUACCUCCAUGUCCCUAGAACCAAUCAGAAUGCAAGAUCGGACCAUGUGACUUCAUGCAUUUUCUGGCUGCACUGAGCAGCCGGCCUUUGUUGGUGGUGAUCAGACUGUAAACACAGCUGAAGGUGAGUCUAACUUUGUUUUAUGUAGAAAAAAUGUUCGGUGAUCAAACUUGUCUAACUAAAGGAAGUAAAAGUCAUAACGAGGUUUCCGUCAGUGAACCUGCAGAAGGAUUGUUACUGACUGCCGAGCUUCCUCCCCAGCCUGCUCGGGGCUCCUAUCUCUCCUGUGAGGGUCACAGGGGACCGGACGGGUAGGUGGCUCGGCGGCUGAGCUUGUACCCGCAUGGUCACAGCCCCCCCCAAUGCCUCCGUCCCUCCGUCGUCACCAACCCCGCGGCCAAGUAUCUACUAUUCUGUUAUUGUGUGAGUUGUACUGUGUGAAUCUAUGUCAAAAUCUUUUUAUCAUAGUCUGUUUGUGCCUUAAGAAAAAAAAUCAACAAAAUCACCUUCUGAAAAGUAGAUUGUACAUAGAUGAACUCGUUGCUCUCAUGUAACGUUUUAUUGUUUCCCUUGCUCAUUAUAUCUACAAUGAGCACAACUGCACACAACUGUGGGGUCAACAGAGAACAUGUAAGUGCAAGACUUGCACAUCACGUUAUUAAAAAUAGUAUAAAUUUGAAAGGAUAUUUGAUAUGUGAAAUGAUAAUAUAUUACUUAAGAUACAAUAUUAAUUUUAUUUUACUUUACAAGAGCAUCUGGCCCUCACAGCAUCUGCCAAGAAAUAUUCUGGCUCUUUGACAAAUGUAGUUGAUGACCCCUGCUCUAGGGAAUCCUGUCUUUUUAAUGGAUGAAGGUAUAGACCCUUUUACGGCCUAUGUCAUCAAAAGUAUGAUCAGAGUAUGCGCACACACUGGCAACAGAAGUAAACUGGAACUCCAUUCAAUCCAGUAAGGACAACGAGAUUGCACAGCGGUAAAACGGGAUUUAAAAGCAAUAUCAGCAUCAAAAUGUCUGGCUGUUGCGUGUUUGGCUGUCAGAAUUGCUACUCUACCAAUAGAGUACUGAAGUUGUACCAAAUGCCCACAGGAUCACAGCCGUUUGAGAGAAACCAGAGGCAUCUGUGGUUGCAAGCCAUCAAAUAAAUGUAUUGAUAAAAACUGGACUAAGGACAUGAUCAGAAAUGCUCACGUUUGUAGUGCCCAUUUUAUAUCAGGUAAAGUUAUUUAUCUACUCUGGUUUUACUGGAAUGUCAGGUUUAGAUAAAUACUGAUACCUAAAAGUAAACAGCAUUAGCUGGUAGGCUAUUUGGCUUUUAAACUGUAGUGUAGCUGGCUAUUUACAGGUGAGGCAUUGCUGGACUCAGAGAGUCCUGAUUUUUAAAAUAUUAUUUAAUGGUACUAUAGAUUCCAAUAUGCAGUGCCAGUCAAAACUAUGAGCAGACUCAUGGUUGAGUGUGUCCAGACUUUUGACCAGACUUUUGACUGGAACAAUAUUUUGUUUUUCCAUUGUAAAUCAAUAUCUGCAGCCAGAAAACUCUUAGCAAGCUAGAAUAGCAAUUUGACGAAGUACUCACGCUGCCGUGCAGGUACAAUUUGCUGUGAAGACGUAGUUCUCUGACUUGUUCACAAUGACUCGAGCCUCAUACAGUGGCUUGCAAAAGUAUUCAUACCCCUUGAACUUUUCCAAAUUUUGUCACAUUACAACCACAAACAUAAAUAUAUUUCACUGGAAUUCAAUGUGAAAGACCAACACAAAGUGGUAUACAAUUGUGAAGUGGAAAGAAAAUUAUACAUGAUUCAAAACAUUUUUUACAAAUAAAAAACUGAAACGUGCGGUGUGCAAAAGUAUCCAGCCCCCGAGUCAAUACUUUAUGGAACCACCUUUUGCUGCAGUCUUUUAGGGUAUGUCUCCACCAGCUUUGCACAUCUAGUGACUGAAGUUUUUGCCCGUUCUUCUUUGCAAAACAGCUCAAGCUCAGUCAGAUUAGAUGGAGAG